AUGGAAGAAGAGAUUGUCCAAUUUCUGUAAGUUUAUCAAAGUGUAAAAUGAUGUGAGUGUUGGAAUGUGAGUGCGAUUGGGGAAGAACAUUGUAGUAGACUACAAUUCAAAGAGUUUGGAGGUUUCAUUGGGUAAAAGUUCAAGGGUAAAUAUUUUAGGAGUUAGUAAAAAUUUUUAAAAGAAAACUGACAGGGGAAGUACCCCAAGUGCGACGCUCAGAUUUGGAUGAAACUUGGCACACAUUUAGAAUAAUUUUUUCUAAGAUAUAUCACAUAUGCGAGUCUCUUUGACCGAUCUCCAUGUUUAGCGUCUCGCUCGGCGGCAAAAAUCGUUCGAUAUCUCGGUGGCGCCCCCAAAGCGCGAGCUCAAACUUUCAGGAAUUGAUAUUUAGUCCAUACCUGACGUGUGUGUAAAAUUUUAAGAAAAUCUGAGCGUCGCACUUGGAGUACUUCCGCUGUUAGUAGACUACAAUUCAAAGAGUUUGGAGGUUUCAUUGGGUAAAAGUUCAAGGGUAAAUAUUUUAUGAGUUAGUAAAAAUUUUUAAAAGAAAACUGAGUUGCGACUCAUAUUUGUUGCAAAUUUUUCACAAGCGACAUUACAGCAAGUCCGAAUUUUAAAAAUUUUGGUUCACUCUUUUCAAGGCAUCGAUGAGGGAGUAGGCAAAGUGCGGAGAGUGCCCGGAAGGGAAAAGGUUUUUUGGUCGAUUUGGCGCGGUAUAAUUGUAUGUAUGUACUACAAACCUUUUAGCCUAAAAACGUGUAAAAUCUUUACCAAAUCUUGGACUAAAAAGCUCGUUUCUCUCUGCGAUGUACAGGCUAGGAAUCUCGGAAAUGACUUAUAAAAAAAAUUAAGUUAGGCUUUGCCGUUCCGAUUGCAUACAAGGCUGUUUUCGAGAGCACCAUUUUCUCACUGUGCAUGUUUUUAGACUUCAAACUUGAUUUUUUGUCACCGUCGUUGAUGAUUUUCCAUACUUGAUUGCUUUGUUUUCAGAAUUCUCCUUGGAAUUGUAGCGUUCAUUGGACUCAUUGGCCUCUUAUUCUUUCUCAAAUGGCGACAAACCAAAAAAUUUCAAGCGCAAGUUUAUCAGUAAGUAUUUCUAUGAUAUCUUUGUCAAUUUAGACGUAUUUUAAAAUACUUUUCAUAUUUUUAUUUUUAAUUUUUAGUCUUCCAACUCCUCCAGAGAAGACAGGAGUUUUGGCGGAGAACAAUUUGCUGACUCAAUCCGAGAAGAUCCUCAAAGGAAAGCUGGACGGUCCCGAAUCUGUUCUUGUUGAAGACGGUAGGACACAACAUGCUUCAGAUGCUUGAAAAGUUAAAAUUGCUGAUUUAUAUUUGCUGAUUUUUAGGCACUCUGUACACAGGAACAGCGGAUGGUCGGAUUGUAAAAAUUGUUGAUGGAAAAGUUGAGAAAUAUUUGAAUUUACGCGAUGACUUUGGCACAAGAGGUAUGUUAUGAUUGGAUACGCUAAAUACGCGAUUUUUGGCAUAACAUCGUUGUUUAUAUUAGGUUAUAUACCACUUUAUUUCAGGUAAAUUCAAGACAGAACCUCAUUUUGGUCGGCCUUUAGGCAUUCGGCGACUAAACGACGACUGUUUGGUCGUUGCCGAUGCCUAUAAUGGGGUGUUCAAGGUGGACUUGAAUAAAGGUAGGGGAUUAAAAUUACCGCGAAGUUAUUUUUCAGGCCAAGUCACCCAUAUCUUUUGCUCUCACACCGAUGUUUGCGGAGUCAAAUGCGGCUACGUCAACGAUCUCGACGUUCUCGAUGAAAACGUGAUUUACUUAACGGAUUCAUCCGUCAACUUUCAGCGACGUCAAUUCACAAAUGUCAUGCUGGAAAAUGCGCCAAGUGGAAGGUAGAAUAAUACAAGUUUGAUGAUAUCUAUAAUUCUUUUUUUAGGAUAAUCGAGAUCAAAGUUUGGAGCGGAGACAGUCGAGUGCUCCUGGACGGUCUGUUUUAUCCAUUCGGAAUUCAAAUUCAUCCGGAUAAACAGAGCUUGUUGUAUGCGGAAGCUGUCAAGUGCAGGAUUAUGAGGUAAAAUUUGAUAUUAUUCGGAAUGGAGGGGUCUAACGAUAAGAAAUUUUUGACGAUUUAGCUUGAGCUUUAUAGAUACAGUGGGGUACCUGAUCCAUUGGCAAAAAACGUACCAUUUUGCAUCCUGGAAGUAUCAAAAAUGUGGCUAAAUGCUUCCCUCUCCAAGUGAAAAAAACUUCGUUUUGAAGGGCCUUUUUCCUCACAAAAAGAGCGGGCGUGCUUUUGAAAUCGGAGUUUUUUCUCUUGGAGAGGGAGGUAUUUUGCCACAUUUUUUCAUGCUUACUGGAUGCAAAAUGAUACGUUUUUUGCCAUUGGAUCAGGUCCGCCACUCUGGAGCCAUAAUUUAUGAAACGAUGGAGUUUACAAACGCUUUUUCCGCUAUUUUUCUUUCAGUUUCGAGCGGAAAAUAUAUAAUUUUUUAGUGGUAUUCUAGUUGUUGUUAGAAAUCUAGCUGAAUCAUUAAAAUCCGCUUUGAGCCACUGCUAAAAACAUCUAAGACUCGCUGGCGUGUCCGUAUUUUACCCCUCUUCAUUUCAGAUACUUCUUCACGGGUCCAAAAGAAGGCCAACUCGAAGCCUUUGCCACCAAUCUACCCGGAGUUCCCAACAACAUUCGUCUCUCCGCGGACGGAAAGUCCUUCCUCUGCGGAAUGCAUGUAGCCCGUUUUGAGGACAAGCCAGCGCCCGUCGACCGUCUGAGCCCUCAUCCGACGGCACGGCGAUUGCUGGUCACCAUGAUCCCCGAUGAAAUUCUGGGCCGAUUAUCCAAAAUCAUCCUCCCGAAGUAUGGGCUGGUCGUUCAAUUGGACCUUGAAGGCAACAUCAUCCGAUCGUAUCACGACCCCAAAGGCAAGGUGAAAUUCAUCACGCAUGCGGCGGACGAUGAGAAUUAUUUGUAUCUCGGCUCCAUGCACAACAAUUACAUCGCACGAGUACCCAAAGUCGUUUGA